GUCUAUGGUACAUCACCUGAGUUGUGGGGUAAAUGUAGAGAGUGUCAAUCAAAGGCAGAGCUCUCAGAGCUGGGAAGGAGGCUCUAGAUGGCGGCUGUGCCUUAGAGAGCGCGCUCAGCUCAGCUCCCUGCCUUCUCCCCACUUUACGCAACUUUCUCUAACUUUCGGGCAGCCUCAGGGGGCCCCCGCAGCCCCCUUCCUCUCCUGGUGACCUGGUGGGGUAGAUUCGAGCCAUUUUUAGGGAGAAAAGCAGCUUUUAGGGGGUCUUUUUUCGUGCCUUGUUGGAAAGAAGAAGCCCGUACUGAGAGCCAGGUCGUUGUUUUUUCCAGCUUAGAAGCCAUGGCGCACCUCCAUUUUUGUGCGCUCUCCUAAUGAGCUUUUUCCCCCGGACCUUUUUGUAUUAAUUAUCGCUUAUUUUUUUUAAACAAUAAACCUUUUUGGAUAGUUUUUAUUUAUUUUUUGUUCUUAAGUGAACAUUUAACGUUUAUUUUUUAAUUAUUCGGGAAUCUAAUGUUUUUCUACUACUAGAUACUCUCCGUUUGGACCUGCUUCAUGGAUCAGUAAAUACCUGAGCACAAGACUUCAAAGCAAACACAGAUUCACCUCCCCCCUUUUAAUAUUUAAGAAUUAAAAGAUGAUGAGAAAUAAGGACAAAAGCCAAGAAGAGGACGGUUCAGUACACAGCAAUGCAUCGAGUCAUUCAGCAUCUGAAGAAGCAUCAGGCUCAGACUCAGCUAGCCAGUCUGAAAGUGAGCAGGGCAGUGAGCCAGGCAGUGGGCAUGGCAGCGAAUCAAACAGCAGUUCCGAAUCUUCAGAGAGUCAAACUGAAUCUGAAAGUGAAUCAGCAGGUUCCAAAUCCCAGCAAACCCCACCGGAAGCCAAAGAAAAGCCAGCCUCUAAGAAGGAACGUAUAGCUGAUGUUAAAAAGAUGUGGGAAGAGUAUCCUGAUGUGUAUGGAGUUAGGAGGUCAAAUCGAAGUCGACAAGAACCAUCUAGAUUUAAUAUUAAAGAAGAGGCAAGUAGUGGUUCUGAGUGUGGGAGCCCAAAAAGAAGAGGCCAGAGGAUACUGAAAAAACAAGAAAAAUGGAAAAAGGAGGUUUCUGAGGAAGAGGAUGAGGAAGAUGAACAAGAGCAAGGUACUAGUGCAGAGAGUGAACCAGAACAAAAAAAAGUGAAAGCCAGACGCCCUGUUUUGAGGAGAACAGUGCCUAAAACCAGUGUUAAAAAGCAGCAGAAGCCGCAACGAGGAAAAAGAAGAAAGAAACAGGAUUCUUCUGAUGAUGAUGAUGAUGACGAUGAUGAUGAGACUCCAAAAAGACAAACUCGUCGCAGAGCUGCCAAAAAUGUCAGUUAUAAAGAAGAUGAUGAUUUUGAAACUGACUCAGAUGAUCUCAUUGAAAUGACUGGAGAAGGAAUUGAAGAACAACAUGAUAAUAGUGAGACAAUUGAAAAGGUCAUGGAUGCAAGACUUGGAAAAAAAGGUGCCACUGGAGCGUCUACUACUGUUUAUGCAACUGAAGCCAAUGGCAACCCCAGUGCUGACUUUGACCCUGAAAAGGAUGAGGGAGAAGCUCAAUACCUGAUUAAAUGGAAAGGCUGGUCCUAUAUCCAUAGCACAUGGGAGAGUGAGGAAUCCCUACAGCAACAGAAAGUGAAGGGGAUGAAAAAACUGGAAAACUUUAAGAAAAAAGAAGAUGAAAUUAAACAAUGGUUAGGGAAAGUAUCACCAGAAGAUGUGGAAUACUUCAACUGCCAACAAGAGUUAGCCUCUGAGCUGAACAAACAAUAUCAGAUAGUGGAGAGAGUGAUAGCUGUGAAGACUAGUAAAUCAGCAUCUUGUCAUACAGAAUUUCCAGCUCACAGUCGGAAAUCAUCAUCAAAUGAACCCGAGUAUCUAUGCAAAUGGAUGGGACUACCAUAUGCAGAAUGUAGUUGGGAAGAUGAAGCUCUGAUUGGGAAGAAAUUCCGAAGCUGUAUUGACAGCUUCCACAAUAGGAACAAUUCAAAAACCAUUCCCACAAGAGACUGCAAGGUCCUGAAGCAGAGACCAAGGUUUGUUGCUUUAAAAAAACAACCAGCAUACAUAGGUGGAGAGAACCUGGAGCUCCGAGAUUAUCAGUUAGAAGGCCUUAAUUGGCUUGCUCACUCCUGGUGCAAGAGUAACAGUGUGAUUCUUGCUGAUGAAAUGGGCCUAGGAAAAACUAUUCAGACCAUAUCAUUCCUCUCCUAUUUGUUCCAUCAACACCAGCUGUAUGGUCCUUUUCUUGUAGUGGUGCCUUUAUCUACUCUCACUUCAUGGCAGAGGGAGUUUGAAAUCUGGGCACCAGAAAUCAAUGUAGUCGUUUACAUAGGAGAUCUGAUGAGCAGAAACACGAUACGGGAAUAUGAAUGGAUUCAUUCUCAAACCAAGAGGCUGAAAUUUAAUGCACUCAUAACAACAUAUGAGAUCCUUCUGAAAGAUAAGACUGUGCUGGGCAGUAUUAACUGGGCCUUUCUGGGAGUGGAUGAAGCCCAUCGGUUGAAGAAUGAUGACUCUUUAUUAUAUAAAACUCUGAUUGAUUUCAAGUCCAACCAUAGGCUCCUGAUUACUGGGACCCCUCUUCAGAAUUCCCUCAAAGAGCUUUGGUCCUUGCUGCACUUUAUUAUGCCAGAGAAGUUUGAAUUUUGGGAAGAUUUUGAAGAUGACCAUGGAAAGGGGAGAGAGAAUGGUUAUCAGAGCCUUCAUAAGGUUCUAGAGCCUUUCCUUCUUCGAAGAGUAAAAAAGGAUGUGGAAAAAUCACUUCCAGCCAAAGUGGAACAGAUUCUCAGGGUGGAGAUGUCUGUUCUUCAGAAGCAGUAUUAUAAGUGGAUUUUGACCAGAAAUUAUAAGGCCCUCUCCAAAGGGACAAGAGGCAGCACAUCUGGUUUCCUCAAUAUUGUGAUGGAACUGAAAAAAUGCUGUAACCAUUGCUACCUGAUUAAGCCUCCUGAAGAGAAUGAACGUGAAAAUGGUCAAGAAAUUCUGCUGUCCCUGAUCAGGAGCAGUGGGAAGCUGAUCCUCUUAGACAAACUAUUAACAAGACUUCGAGAGAGAGGGAACAGAGUUCUGAUCUUCUCCCAAAUGGUGAGGAUGUUGGAUAUCCUGGCUGAAUACCUGACUAUUAAGCAUUAUCCUUUCCAGCGUCUGGAUGGUUCAAUUAAGGGAGAAAUCCGAAAGCAGGCACUGGACCACUUCAAUGCAGAUGGAUCUGAGGACUUCUGCUUUCUGCUCUCAACACGGGCGGGUGGCCUAGGAAUCAACUUGGCUUCAGCGGAUACUGUAGUCAUCUUCGACUCUGACUGGAACCCCCAGAAUGACUUACAAGCACAAGCCCGAGCACAUCGGAUUGGACAGAAGAAACAGGUAAACAUUUACCGCUUGGUUACAAAGGGGACAGUAGAGGAGGAAAUCAUUGAAAGAGCCAAAAAGAAGAUGGUGUUGGAUCACUUAGUGAUUCAGCGUAUGGAUACCACAGGCCGGACUGUCUUAGAUAACAACUCAGGAAGGUCAAAUUCUAAUCCUUUCAACAAAGAAGAACUGACUGCUAUUUUGAAAUUUGGAGCAGAGGAUCUCUUCAAAGAACUGGAAGGGGAAGAGUCAGAGCCUCAGGAAAUGGACAUAGAUGAAAUUUUACGAUUGGCUGAAACCAGAGAAAAUGAAGUGUCAACAAGUGCAACAGAUGAACUUCUGUCGCAGUUUAAGGUGGCCAAUUUUGCUACCAUGGAAGAUGAAGAAACUGAGUUGGAAGAACGAUCACAUAAGGACUGGGAUGAGAUUAUUCCAGAGGAUCAGAGGAAGAAAGUAGAAGAGGAGGAACGACAGAAAGAGCUAGAAGAAAUUUAUAUGCUACCUCGGAUUCGGAGCUCCACAAAAAAGGCUCAGGCUAAUGAUAGUGACUCAGAUAUUGAAUCCAAAAGAAGGGCCCAGAGGUCUUCUGGUUCAGAGAGUGAGACAGAUGAUUCUGAUGAUGACAAGAGACCCAAGCGCAGAGGACGUCCUCGGAGUGUCAGAAAAGACCUUGUAGAAGGAUUUACAGAUGCUGAGAUUCGAAGAUUCAUCAAAGCAUAUAAGAAAUUUGGGCUUCCCCUUGAACGUCUGGAGUGCAUUGCUCGGGAUGCAGAGCUGGUAGAUAAGUCUGUAGCAGAUUUGAAGCGAUUGGGAGAACUGAUUCACAACAGCUGUGUGUCAGCAAUGCAAGAAUAUGAGGAACAGCUGAAAGAAAAUGCCAGCGAAGGGAAAGGACCAGGGAAAAGAAGAGGACCUACUAUCAAGAUUUCCGGAGUUCAAGUCAAUGUUAAAUCUAUUAUUCAGCAUGAAGAAGAGUUUGAGAUGUUGCGCAAAUCUAUACCUGUGGACCCUGAGGAAAAAAAAAAAUACUGCUUAACCUGUCGUGUCAAAGCUGCACAUUUUGAUGUAGAUUGGGGAGUGGAAGAUGAUUCUCGUCUGCUGUUGGGGAUUUAUGAACAUGGCUAUGGCAACUGGGAGUUAAUUAAAACAGACCCAGAGCUUAAAUUAACUGACAAAAUAUUGCCUGUUGAGACGGAUAAAAAACCUCAGGGAAAGCAGCUGCAAACUCGAGCUGAUUACUUGUUAAAGCUGCUGAAGAAAGAUUUGGAAAAAAAAGAGUUGAUUAAAGAAGGUGAAGAGACCAAAUUAAAGAAGCGAAAGUCCCGUGUGAAGAAGGAAAACAAGGCUCCUAGAGUGAAAGAUGAGCAUGGAAAUGAAUUCUCAUCCCCUAGGCAUUCAGACAAUCCAUCAGAAGAGGGGGAAGUCAAGGAUGAUGGCUUGGAAAAAAGCCCCAUGAAAAAAAAGCAGAAGAAAAAAGAAAACAAAGAGAACAAGGAAAAGCAGAUGGGUUCUAAGAAAGAAAAAGAAGGCGAUAAGGAAAGAAAGAAGUCAAAGGAUAAGAAAGAAAAGCCUAAAGCAGGUGAUGCCAAAUCUGGAAAUAAAUCAAAAAGAGCUCAAGGUCCUGUCCAUAUUACUGCAGGAAGUGAACCAAUCCCCAUUGGAGAAGAUGAGGAUGAUGAACUGGACCAGGAAACUUUCAGCAUAUGCAAAGAGAGGAUGAGGCCAGUGAAAAAGGCUUUGAAGCAGCUGGAUAAACCAGACAAGGGACUCACUGUGCAGGAACAGCUAGAGCACACCCGAAACUGCCUCCUGAAGAUUGGAGACCGAAUAUCAGAGUGCCUUAAAGCCUACUCUGAUCAGGAGCACAUCAAACUGUGGAGGAGGAACCUGUGGAUUUUUGUAUCCAAGUUUACAGAAUUUGAUGCUCGGAAACUACACAAAUUAUACAAAAUGGCUCAUAAGAAAAGAUCUCAGGAGGAGGAGGAGCAAAAGAAGAAAGAUGAUAUGUCUGGAAGUAAAAAACCAUUUCGUCCAGAACCUUCAGGCUCAAGCCGAGAUUCUUUGAUGUCUCAAUCUCAUACGCCUCACAACCUUCACUCUCAGAAGCUGCAUUUGCCUCCUGCCCAUGGACCACAGAUGCAUGGGCACCAGCGAGAUAACUAUGGUCACCCCAACAAGAGACAUUUCAGUAAUGCAGACCGAGGAGACUGGCAAAGAGAGAGAAAAUUCAAUUAUGGUGGCAACAGCAACCAGCUCUGGGGUGGAGAUCGGCAUCAUCAGUAUGAGCAGCACUGGUAUAAGGAUCACCACUAUGGGGACAGGCGCUCUCAUGGUGAACCUCAUCGUUCUGGUAAUUACCGUCCAAACAACCUGUCACGCAAGAGGCCAUAUGACCCGUAUAGCAGUGAUCGAGACCAUCGGGGACACAGAGAUUAUUAUGACAGACAUCAUCAUGACUCAAAACGACGAAGAUCUGAUGAGUUCAGGCCUCAAAAUUACCACCAGCAAGAUUUCCGGAGAAUGUCUGAUCAUCGUCCCCCUAUGGGUUACCAUGGCCAGGGACCUUCAGACCAUUACCGAUCUUUCCACACAGACAAAUCGGGAGACUACAAACAGCCACUACCCCCUCCACACCCUGUAGUAACAGACCCUCGAUCACCACCAUCUCAGAAAUCUCCUCAUGAUUCAAAGUCCCCCUUGGAUCACAGAUCUCCCCUAGAUAGGUCACUAGAACAAAAAAACAACCCAGAUUAUAACUGGAAUGUUCGGAAAACAUAAAUCCAAGGUCAAAAAGGAGGAGAACAAGAGUGAGCAAGCAUCUGAUGAUUUUUGGUCUGAUCCAAAAGGGAACCAGUUAUCAAAAUGAGUAACUGGAGACUCCGAACAUGCUGCUGCUGCCACCUCACUGGCUGAAGGAGGACUUCAGGGAGUGGGGAGGGCUUCUCCUACAUGUUAGUUCUGGUCAAGAUUUGAUUUUGGUUACCACCCUUACACUCCUGCCAUAGUUUCCAUUUUCAUUCUAUUUCCAGUCCUUCCAUGCUGCCAGAAGGAAAGAGGUGUCAUUUUUGUCUCUGGGCUUUUGUGGGGUUAUUACCCUUCAUUUAAGGAAGAACAAGAAUUGGUUGGAUUUGUAACUGUUUUUUUUUCUUCCCUUUUUUGGUUGU